CCCCACUCACCCCUCCCCCUGGCUGCUGCGGGGCGGUACCGACCCAUACUCGUGCUCCGCCUCCCCCGGCGCAGUACCGGUCACGUGGUGGCAGGGCGGCUGCCCCCGGCCGGUCCGGUCCGCAUCGAACCGAGCUGAUGGAGGCGGGGGAUGGCGCCGAGACGGAGCCGCUGCUGCCCCCGAGGAGCUGGAGGGCGGCGGGGGGCGCCGCCGGAGCUGCCGAGGACCUGCACAUCAACCAGGCCGUGGUUUUUAUCGAAGACGCGAUACAAUAUCGGUCUAUAAAUCACCGUGUGGACUCUAAAUCCCUGGGGCUGUAUCGCUGGUAUUAUUCAAGAAUUUGCCAGUGGAUUUUGAGCUUGACCAUUACCGUAAUCCUGGCUUUGGCUUUCAUUGAAACACCGUCUUCGCUUACUGUCACAUCAGACGUGAGAUACCGGCUUCCUGCAUGGGAUCCUCCAUGCGGCCUGACUGAAAGCAUUGAGCUGCUGUGCUUCCUGGUCUUCAUGAUCGAUGUGUCUGUGAAGAGUUACUUAAUUGGAUGGGAAGAAUUUUGGAAGAAUAAAUGGCUGAUGGCUUAUAUCAUGACGUUAAUUAUUUCCCUUACGGAUUGGGUUGUGUCGCUGAGCUUUCUCUGCUCAGAGGCUGUAAGAAUAAGGAGAAUUCUUCGUCCUUUCUUCCUCCUUCAGAAUUCUUCGAUGAUGAAGAAAACGUUAAAAAGCAUCAACAGCACAUUGCCUGAAAUGGCAAGUGUUGUUCUACUACUCGCUGUUCAUCUGUCUCUCUUUACCAUGUUUGCCAUGCUGCUGUUUGCUCGAACAAAGGAUGGUCAACAGGAUAAGGAAUGGGUGGGUUACUUUCGGAAUUUGCCAGAUUCCCUGACAUCACUGCUGGUCCUGCUGACUACAGCAAAUAACCCUGAUGUAAUGAUUCCUGCUUAUUCUAAGAACCGAGCAUACUCCAUCUUCUUCAUACUCUUCACUGUAUUAGGCAACUUAUUUCUGAUGAACCUACUCACAGCAAUAAUCUACAACCAGUUUCGUGGGUACCUUCUGAAAUCAGUUCAGUCCUCCCUCUUCAGAAGAAGGCUGGGAAUCCGGGCUGCGUUUGAAGUGCUUUCUUCCCUAAAAGAGGCUCCUGCUAAUGCAGAACAGUCAUAUGUCAGUGCUGGAGCCUUGCUUCAAGUGCUGCAGAAAGUUGAAAUGGAUUCUCGCUGCAAACAAGCAAUUGUGACGUCACUCAAAAUAUGCUCCUGUGACCACCUGUCAGCUGCCCAGUUCCAGAGGCUCUUUGAAGAGCUAGACAAGGAUGCCAUUAAGCAACACCCUCCCAGUCCAGAGUACCAAUCCCAUUUUAUGCGGAAAAUGCAGUUUGCCUUUGGCCAUCCCUACUUUGGCUACUUGGGAAAUAUUGUUGCCCUUGCAAACAUUGUUUCUAUCUGUGUGGUCUUGGUGCUGGAUGCAGAUAAGCAGCCUUCUGAAAGAGAUGACUUCUUCUUAGGGACUAUCAACUGCUUCUUCAUCAUAUACUAUCUGAUGGAAAUGUUGUUGAAAAUCUUUGCAAUGGGCUUGAAAAGAUACUUGUCGUACCCAAGCAACAGGUUUGAUGGACUUCUAACUACAAUUUUGCUGGUUUUGGAGAUUGCAACUUUUGCUGAAUAUGGAUUUCCUCAUCCUGGUUGGAGACCAGAGUUUGUGGGCCUGCUAUCCCUGUGGGAUAUGGUGCGACUGGCGAACAUGUUAAUUGUGUUCAGGUUCCUGCGGAUCAUUCCUAAUAUGAAGUUCAUGUCUUUGGUUGUUACUACGUUGUUGGACCUGGUAAAAAACUUGAGAGCCUUUGCAGGAAUCCUGGUGGUGGUUUUCUAUGCAUUUGCUAUAACUGGCAUAAUACUGUUUAAAGGUGCUGUGGUUCCUAUGGGAAAUGUCAGUGUUGUUAAUACAACUUAUAACAAUGGCACUUUGCAGUGUGGGACCUAUGAGCAACUGGAGUAUUGGCCAAACAACUUUGAUGACUUUGCUGCAGCAUUAGUGACUCUAUGGGAUGUGAUGGUAGUGAACAACUGGCAAGUCUUUUUGGAAGCAUUUUCAAGAUACUCAAGUCCGUGGGCAAAGAUCUAUUUUGUAGCCUGGUGGUUGAUCUCCUCUGUCAUAUGGGUUAAUCUCUUCAUAGCUUUACUUCUAGAGAACUUUAUUCACAAGUGGGACCGUCGCUGUCAUCGGGAGUCUCUCUCAGAUAUUGAAUAUCAGAGGACAGUUGAAUUAAUGUUCAGAGAUGUUUUGGAGGAACCGACAGAGGAAGAGCUGAUGGAAAAGCUGCAGCAGCAUCCACACCUGCACUUGUGUAGGUGACUGGUGGGAAGGAUGGACUUAUUUAGACCUCUGUUUUUUUGAGGUUGUCAGCUGGAAGAAAAUUGAAAGGAUUUUCUGUGGGGCGCAGUUGGGAGAGGCUUGCAAGGCAAUAUGUAAGGCUUUGCUUGGCACUUCUCUGCCAAAAGAAUGUUUUUAAUUGUUCGUAUUCGAAUCCUUGCUGUUCUGACUUGAUUUUUAAGUUGCAAUUUUAGAGGAGUAUUGCAGCUAUUAUUUUUAUAAGCUGUUGGUUUCGGAAAGUUUUAUUUUUAUUUUUUUUUUUAAGAAGGGAAAGCCUGUUAAAAGAACGGUGCACUUUAAAACAUGGACUUUGUAACCACUGAGCCUGCUACUCUGAAAAGCACAAGAAAAUGGAGCUGCCUUUCCUAGUAGGGGAGUGUGGAGAGGGCUAUGCCCUGCAAUUGGUAAACAGAUUAGGCAGGGCCAGAACAAAAUCCUGCAUCUUUCUGUGGGGAGUCUGAAACACUAUUUUCACUGAAACAUGACACCAGCCUGUCUUACUAAAUUUAUGGGAGCUAAUCACUAGAACACAAUUAAUUUCAGCUGUAGUUGAACUUAAUCAGGUGGAGCACCUACUUCACCCCUCUUUCGUUUGAUCUAGGGUUUGUGCUGGUUGCACCACGCUAGUUGCCUUGAGAGCAAUAAUAAGUUUGAAUGGAAAAAUUACAUGUAUGGUUUUCAGUGCGAUAAGACUGAGCUCUCCUUUAGGGUAAAUAUUCUCAUGUUGCUUUUUAGUGAACUCUUCUUUUAAAUUUACCUUCUGAAUCCUCUUUUACACUGUUACAUCCAUUAAAAAGGCUGAGGGGAAUGAACUUUGGCUAGAUGUAGCAUCAUGAUCACUGCAAGUCUCUCUUUUAAAGGGGGGAAAAAAGGCUGAGUGGGACAAUCAAAGUACAUAGCAGUUCAGAUUUUCUUCUGAGUGUUGCUGUGGCUUUGUGGCCACAUGCUGUGUACCUGAGUAAUUCUUCCUGUGUAAAUACCUUGGUCAACGUAUCUAAAACUGAGAAUUAACAGUCAGUGAUGUUUACAUGCUUUUUGUUACCCAUUAGUAAUUCUCUAUAAAUGGUGCUCAUGUUUGAUUCUUUGUCACAUGACUAGUAAAUCUCUGUCAUGAACAAACUUGAUCCCAACUUAAAUUUUUAUAUGUGAAAACGAAACUAUACUUUCAGGCACUGAAUUUUCGUUGAGUCACUUGUCACUGAAAUAGGCAGUGAUUCUCUGCACUGGCAAAGGCCUUGGGAAGGUAAAUGGCUGUAGAACAUCUAUGAGCUUGGGAGUUAUCCGAUACUUUUUAGUUAACAAAACAUCAUAGAAAGUGCCAAGUUAGUAAUCCUAUUUACUUCUUCCUCUUCCUGUUUUCUCAUCAGUUUUCUUUCUAGUUUCCUCUCCCUAAUACAGGAAAGAAUCUGGGACCAGGGUGCAACAAGCUCAGAAGUCUAUUUCUGUAUUAUUGCACUGUUUUAAAGUUAUUUGGUGGUUCUUGUCUGUUUCUUUGUCACUAAUUUUCCUUGUGCUUUAGACAAAGUGUAUGUCUUGUAGUUUGCACAUGUAUAUGACAAAUCUCAGCUGAGCUCUGUGCCACAUAGCAGUCUUGCUUUACUCCUGUAAUUCUGUGCCUUGAGCCAUUCUGUUGCCUUGUAUUCACUUUUGUCUCUGUUUCUGAACAAUCCAAUGAGUAACAUGGUUGCACAGGUUUUGGGAGCAUUACCAUGCUUAUUUUCUAUCAUGAACUUGGAACACAAAUUAUAGUGAGCAGAUAAAAGGCACCAACACACUUCUAUAUUUGAUUUUGGUUUUGUCAGGAUGAUUUCUGCUUUUUUGAGCACAAACACUGAUUUAUUGGCACUGUUAAUGGAGUUAUACUCUAUUGACCUCUUUACAUUUUCAUUCUGGACUGUUCUGGAUACAUGGAGAAGCCACUUUGCCUGUCCAGAAAGUUGUUGGCCAUUUCGUAUCAGCCUGCAAGCUUCAAUUCUCUGUUUUGUUUUGUUUGUUUUUAAGAUAUUUCUUUGUCCAUUAUAUUCCACACAAUCGACCAAAGCAACAUGAAGUAGUGUGGAAUUAUCAUCACCAAUGCCUCUGCAAUGUGGUCUUCACAUCUGCACAAGGGUGAAGAAGGCUCUCUGAAGGGAGUAGUCUUAGUCUUGUUCAUGUUUCACAGUUGUGUAAUGGAUGGGAAGUUUAAUUAGAAGUUAAUAUAAAGUUGUGGUAUCUAAUGGCAGUUGUACUGAAAGAUGUAAAUGGCCACAGGUCUUGCACAACAACUGUAUAAAUCACGACAAUUAAUGUAACUGGGUAAAAUCUGAGGCUUGUAUUAUUAAAAAGGUUUAUUCUUAAAAUAUGAAAGCAA